AUGAAGCACUUCAGAAGCGAGCGAGUCCGUGCGACCCCGAAGCUCUUCACCUACGUCCUCGUCGGUUUCAUCGCUCUUCUCGGCUUGACUUGCCUCUACUACGGCUCCUCGUUCGCUCCCGGAUCCAGAAAGUCCGACGAGUUCGAUGGAUCUAUCCGCUCUCGCACUGGAUUCGCGAAGAAUCGAGAAGGUGCGCUUGGAGUGAGCCGUUUCGAAGUUCCCAAAAGCGUCCCGAUAUGUGAUUCGAAACACUCGGAGCUUAUACCGUGUUUGGAUAGAAAUCUUCACUACCAGCUGAAACUGAAACUCAAUUUAACCUUGAUGGAGCACUAUGAACGCCAUUGCCCUCCACCAGAACGGCGUUUCAAUUGCCUUGUUCCGCCUCCAUCUGGUUAUAAGAUCCCGUUGAAGUGGCCGGUGAGUAGAGACGAGGUGUGGAAGGCAAAUAUCCCGCACACACAUCUUGCGCAAGAGAAGUCUGAUCAGAAUUGGAUGGUUGUAAAUGGUGAUAAGAUCAAUUUCCCGGGAGGAGGAACACAUUUCCACAACGGAGCUGACAAAUACAUUGUUUCCCUUGCUCAGAUGCUGAAAUUUCCUGGCGACAAACUCAACAAUGGGGGAAGCAUUCGGAAUGUUCUUGAUGUUGGUUGUGGGGUAGCUAGCUUUGGAGCUUAUCUUCUCUCACAUGACAUCAUAGCCAUGUCCCUAGCUCCUAAUGAUGUCCACCAGAACCAGAUCCAAUUUGCUCUAGAACGGGGGAUUCCAUCAACACUUGGUGUUCUUGGGACUAAGCGGCUCCCAUACCCAAGCAGAUCAUUUGAACUUGCUCACUGCUCUAGAUGUCGAAUAGACUGGCUUCAAAGAGAUGGGAUCUUGUUGCUGGAGCUUGAUAGGUUGCUCAGACCUGGUGGCUACUUUGUAUACUCGUCACCUGAAGCUUACGCACAUGACCCAGAAAACAGAAGGAUUGGGAAUGCAAUGCAUGAUCUUUUCAAGAGAAUGUGCUGGAAGGUCGUGGCCAAACGAGAACAAUCUGUUAUAUGGGGAAAACCGAUAUCCAACAGCUGUUACCUGAAAAGGGGUACGAGUGUCCAGCCUCCGCUUUGUCCUUCUGGAGAUGACCCAGAUGCAACUUGGAACGUCUCGAUGAAGGCUUGCAUAUCACCUUACUCAGCGAGGAUGCAUAAAGAGAGAUGGAGUGGACUUGCUCCCUGGCCACGGAGGCUUACAGCUCCUCCACCACGUCUUGAAGAAGUCGGUGUCACUCCCGAGCAAUUCCGUGAAGAUACGGAGCUACGAUUUCAAAAAGGUGCAACGCCUGUCUACGUCCAAACGCUUGUGUACUGCUCGCUAAAAUAUGUGUUACUGCAGGAAACAUGGCGGCUUAGAGUGAUGGAAUACUGGAAACUGCUUAAACCAAUGGUGCAAAAGAACUCCAUAAGAAACGUGAUGGACAUGAGCUCAAACCUCGGCGGUUUUGCAGCUGCUCUAAACGAUAAAGAUGUAUGGGUAAUGAACGUUAUACCCGUUCAAUCCUCUCCGAGGAUGAAGAUCAUCUACGACCGUGGCCUAAUAGGAGCCACUCAUGACUGGUGUGAAGCCUUCUCCACAUACCCACGGACAUUUGAUCUUAUCCACGCAUGGAACACAUUCACAGAAACCGAAGCACGUGGAUGCAGCAUCGAAGAUCUUCUAAUCGAGAUGGAUCGGAUACUACGACCAGAAGGAUUUGUCAUAAUUCGUGACACAUCAGACAAUAUUAACUACAUCAAGAAGUAUCUGACACUGUUGAAAUGGGACAAAUGGUUCACAGAGACAACUCCAAAAGGUGAUUCUCUGUCGACCAAAGACGAGAGAGUUUUGAUCGCCCGGAAGAAACUUUGGAGCGUGACGGCCAUUUCGGAGUUGUGA